AAGCGAUGUAUAAAACCCGCAGGAAAACGAAACCCGUUGAAAACCGACAACGGACAGCGAGGAUAUACGUCCGGUCAUUCCAGUUUUCAACUCUGUGCGCGACUAUAAUACAACACUCAGUGGUGGUUGAGAAACUUUUCGGCCGCUGUUUUCCGAAGUCCUUAGGGACUAUGAAUUCCCUACAUGUUUUUGUUUUAUUGGUAUUGACCCUCGGAACUGUUUAUGGAGCAAGCCACAUUUGCGAUGUUGUCCAAAUGCAGACGGAUUACACUGAAGACAGGGCUAAGAAUUUCAUGACCUUGACCUUAGCCGGCUGGACCCUGAACAAGACUAUGUCUGGCCUCAAUAUCUACACUACCGAACAGCUGUAUGACCGAAUCUUGUCCUGGCAGAGCAUGAAGAACGCCAACGAUACACCUGUUGUUGUCUUUCAGAAGACAAAAGAAGUACAAAUGGAAUCCUGCUGUGCAGGCUGGAGUGGAGCACUGUGCGACCAAGCUUCAUGCGAUCCACCAUGCAUCAAUGGCAACUGUACCAGUCCGAACACGUGCGUGUGCAACAAUGGGUUCAACGGAUACAGCUGUGACGAAGAUGAGACCGAGAACAUAAUGGGUGACCAGUACUGCUACAAGUACAAGACAUGCAGUGGUGAGAAGCUCGAGGGGUUCCUUGGAGUGGAGACCAGUCAGGACCAUGUGCUGCAACAGCGGCGGAGGCAGCUUUGGUCGCUCGGGUAGAGCGUGCACUAAAUGCUCCGUACAAGACACAGAGUCACCAGUCAGCACCUACUGCGUCAACUUCGGCAAGUCGCUCUACCGGACGUUUGACGGCUAUGAGUACAAUUUUCUUGGCCAGUGCACGUACAAUAUGGCAACAGACUCGCAGAAUGUCUGGUCCGUGUACCUCUCUGUGGUGGACUGCGAUGUGGAUCACUCCUUCCUUACUUGCCGCAAGGAUCUAACAAUCAACUCCAAUGGACAGCAGGUGCAGGUGAAGAAUGGGACGCUUUUUGUUGACAACGUGGCCUUAUUAGUGGACGAGAGCCAUUCAGUGCAGGCCACACAAGGGAUUGCUGCUAGUAUCCAGGGUGACUUCAUGUUCAUCACGUUACAGGGCGGUGAGGUGUACGUGAAGACUGACCUUAAAACCUCUGUCUACAUACACAUACAGAAGGGGCGGGAACGCAUGCUUACCGGUCUUUGUGGAAAUGGGAAUAGCAACAUGAGUGAUGACAGUCUAGGCGCAGGUGCCCUCGGUGGAAACGAUUUCAGAAUAACGGUGCCCAAUGAAAGUUCGUGUACUGAUGCUGGUUACCCAGUGGACAGUUGCAUCACAAAUGAGGACAAGAUCAAUGCUCAGGAGGCGUGCAGUUACAUCUACACACUGUACCAGGGAGUCAAAGCUGUGCACCCGCUGAUCUGGUAUGAGACGUGCGCGACUGCCUUCUGUGAGGCUAAAACGCCUGAGGAGAAACAGGAAGUGAAAUGCGCCAGUAUUGAAGCCUAUGCGCGCGAAUUAGCCACCGCGUCUAAGCCCAUUUCGUGGAGAAAUGCUUUCACUUGCCCCAAAGAAUGUCCCAAGGGUAAGGUAUACAGCCAGGUAAUGUCGCGAUGCCCAAAGACCUGCGAGACCAUGUACCAGCCCGUAGCAAUGUCGUGUUACCAGGAUCCAUUCUCCGGCUGCGAAUGUAUCACGGGUACCGUAUUGCACAAUAACGAGUGCAUUGCACCCAGCGAGUGCCCAUGUCUGCACUAUGGGAAGAUGUACAAAAGCGGGGAAACGGUGCAACUUGCCUGCAAUAAUUGCACAUGCAAGAUGGGCCGACUUGAUUGCACGGACAAUGAGUGUUCUGCAACAUGUUCAGUGAUUGGCUACAAUCACGUAUUGACAUUCGACGGCACCCCGUACGACUUCGAUGUUGGCGACAACGGAUGUAGCUACAGGCUGGUUCAGCCUACCGUCAAUUCUCUCGCAGACGGACAUAGCCUUCAAAUUUCGAUGACCACUCGUGUAUGCGAAGGACUUCCUGAGGCUCGAUGCAUCACUGGAAUCACCGUAGAGACGAGGGGCGUAAAGUUCACGCUCGAUUCUCAGUCACAUGACACCGUCUACGUGAACAAUAACCCCAAGUCCCUUCCGUACACCGAUAGCAUGGUGUAUGUGAAGAAAGUCACGUCCCUGUUUCGACUUAUUCGAGGUUUCUCAUUCCACAUCCUUUACGACGGUGCCCAGAGGAUCUACAUUAGUCUUGCGCCGUAUUACGAAGGCAAAGUGCUAGGUAUGUGCGGCAAGUACAACAAGAUUUCCAACGACGACCUCGAAGCAGAUGGCACAGUUCAGCCCCAGCCCCAGGACUUCACGUACUUCUAUGGUGACCCAGUCUGCAGAGAAAAGGUGGAGUUAACAUCGCCGUGCAGUUAUCAGCCGGAACUGAAACUGCAGGCGGAGAGGGUGUGCGCCCAUCUGAAGAAUGCUAGCUUCCUGGUCGGCUGUCGAGCUUACAUGUCUGAUUUGAUGUACUACUUUGACCGCUGCGUUGCGGACAUGUGCCGACUUGACAAGGACAUCGUCUACACACCCAUGUGCACAUUGACCAGCGCAGUCACACAGCAGUGUGCCGACUACCAUUAUUACCUUGACUGGAAUUUCAACGAGUACACAACAAUGUGCACUGAAGACGUGCUCAGCUGCAGAGACGCUGGAGCGGGUACACGCUACAAGGAGUGUGCCUCCACUUGCCAUGGCCAUUGUAGGGACUUGCAGGUUGCGGACCCCAACUGUGAGGAAGGUUGCGUGGCAGGGUGUCAGUGCCCUCUCAACCAGUUCCUGGAUGACUUUGGUACAUGCGUACCCAUCACCGUGUGCACGUGCUUCGACGGCAGCCACACGUACCGGGCUGGGGACGUGCUGACCAAGGGCUGUGAGAAAUGCGUAUGCACAAAUGGAACAUGGAUGUGUGAUGAGUUGACGAACUGUGACGUUGAGAUCCUCUGCCCCAAUAACAUGGUUAUGGUCGAGGAUGGUGGGUGUCCGUACACUUGCAACACUUUAAACGCUGGACACAUCUGUCCAGAACCGCUCCCGUUUACCGGAUGUGGGUGUGAACCCGGUCACGUGAUCGCUGCAGACGGUAAGAGCUGUCUUCCGUUCAAUCAGUGCCCAUGUCCCUAUGCCAACCAGAACUAUGAGUAUGGACACACCAUGUGGGUUGAGUGCAAGAAACUCAAGUGCGUCAACGCAACCUGGAUCACUAUAGAGGAGAAGGACUGCUCGAGCGUGUGCUGGGCCAGCGGAGACCCCCACUAUCACACAUUUGACGGUACCAGCUACUCUUUCAUGGGCACUUGCUCGUACACUCUCGCCAAGGACGUCAAUGGGAUCUUCGAAAUUACUGCCUCCAACGUCCCCUGCGGCUCGACGGGUGUCACGUGCACAAAGUCCGUAGAAGUGACCAUAUACAACCAGACUCUUCAUUUCAUCAGGGGCAGACCACUCCAGAUUGGGUCCACAAGUAUUGUUUCCAACAACUACUACACAAAGGGUCUCAUCGUAGAGACCAUCGGGGGAGAGUUCACGGCUGUCAUCGCACCAAGCCUCGGUAUGGUGGUGAAAUACGACCAAGGUACAAGAGUGUACAUCUACCUGGAUGACAGAUGGCGUGGAAAGGUGAAGGGCCUCUGCGGGAACUUUGACGGGAGUAACAAGAACGACUUUGAGAGCAGCGUAGGAGGCGUGACUCUGAUGUCAGAAUUCGUUAACAGCUGGAGAAAGCAGAGCAACUGCCCAGAGAUUGACACAGACGCUGUGUCGUUUGAGCCAUGUGGUGGAUCUCUUGAAAAACGUCGCCCAUGGGCAGAGGAAAAGUGUGGCAUUAUUCGCGAUAAGAAGGGCAAGUUUGCGGAAUGUAUCAACAACACGAACCCAGUAACUGUCGAAAACUACUAUAGAGAUUGCUUGACUGACGCUUGCGGAUGUGACCAAGGCGGUGACUGCGAGUGCCUGUGUACGUCCCUUGCCAACUUUGCUGAACACUGCAACCAGCUCGGGUACUGCAUCAAGUGGCGAUCUAAGUGGCUGUGCCCCAUCCAGUGUGACUGCCCGCUCGAGUAUCAGGCAUGUGGUGACCCAUGUCCGCAGACAUGUGAGACCGUGGGACAGAACCGCCCUGAAUACUGCAACAAGAUCCCACGUAAUGAGGGAUGCUACUGUCCCGAGGGUCAAGUUAGACAAGGGGACAAGUGUGUGCCAGUAAGCGAAUGCCCAUGCGUUAUUGAUGGCAAGGUAUAUCAACCGGGCGAAAUCAUUCAGAGGGGAUGUCAGGAAUGUGAAUGCAAAGACAGUGUCCUUGACUGCAAAGAUGGCUCGGAUAAGUAUAACUGUACAACCCCAACGUUCACUGUAACCACUCCAACAACGACGUCCACUGUAACCACUCCAACAACGACGUCCACUGUAACCACUCCAACAACGACGUCCACUGUAACCACUCCAACAACGACGUCCACUGUAACCACUCCAACAACGACGUCCACUGUAACCCCUCCACCAACGACAGGACCGUGUCACCCUGAGGAUUUCAUUUGCAGCGAUGGCACGUGCAUAUCCAAAUUUUUUGUCUGCGAUAAUGACACAGACUGUGACAAUGAUGAAACAAACUGCACUUCAACAACAACAUUUACAACACUGUCGACAACAACAACGACAUCAUCGACAACUACAGUGACACCAUCUACAACAACAUCGACAUCGACGACAUCAACCCUGUCUACUUCAACCAUAUCGACACCAUUUACGACAACGACGACACCAACGCCAACAACAUCAUCUGUAACAACAACAACUCCUCAAACAACAACCAUAAGCACAGCAUCACAAACGACUGCGACAGCAACAACAACAAGCACAACAACAGAAACGACUGCGAUACCAAGUUCCAGCACCAUUACAACCCCAUGUGUGAAGGUGAACGGAAUGGAUCGACCUUCUCUGAUUGGCCUUAAAAAUAUCGAAAUCGUCGGAAGUCCUAACGAGAAUGAUAGUGAAAAGGAAAAACUGAGAACUUCGUCCAAAAACCCGUACACAUUCAACGAGACAAGCCGUACUUUCCGAAUCCGAUUUGAUGAACCAAAACAAGUGUAUGAAAUUCGCUUAUCGUAUGAGCGGGCAGUUGACACAUUUGAUGUAGCUGUUGACGGUACACGUGUUGGGUCGUACAAACACACUGAUUUGGCAACAUUGCCUGCAACUUCUAAAGUAACGGUACUUGAAGUGACGGUUAACAGCUCAGUUAUCAAGAAGAUGAUUUAUGGCGACGUUAGUGUACAGCUUGAGAUCAGGAUGUGCGAAGAAAAUGUGACACACACAUCAACUGUCACACCAUCAACAUCUCCUCCAACAACAACAACAAGCAUAGUAACAGAAUCAACUUCGUCGCCAACUGCAAGUACCAUUACAACUACCACCACCACCAUGCCUACCACCACCACCACCACGCCUACCACAACUGUACCGUGUCCGUGCCUGGAUAUCAAGGGAAUGGAGAAUAUGUUCCUCACACCGGACUCUGCCUUCCAGAUCGACGAUAGGCCCGCGACCGCAGCAGAAGUUGCCAGCAUGAGGGCAUUCACGGCUAGCUCUUUUGUAGUCGGUGGCAAUAAGGAAAACGUCAAGUUGCAGAUCAAUUUCCCUCAUAAUGUCACCGUGGGGCAAGUGAGCCUCUACAAUACCUCUAACAUCGAGGCUUUCUCUGUGAACUUUAAUGAAGAAGGCUCGGAUAAGUUUGAGACAUAUUCCCCAAAUGCGCUGGCAAGGUGGCGUGAGAGGUCCAGCAUAAGAAAGCUUACGAUUCUAGUAUCGAAGAACACUCAGGACGAAGAAGCAACAUUCAAGCUCGACAUUCGCGUUUGUUUCGAUUGCCCAUCGACAGCUAUGCUCAAUAGUUAUACUGGUGAAGUGGAAGCUAAAACAGAGAGGCCAAAAUCUCUCAGUAAAACUGUGUUUGACGGGGAUGAUGCGAAACUGUUCCUCCCUGAAGACCACAGCUUCAUAAUCAAACUGAGUGAAGAACAUGCCGUGACGUACCUUGAAUUUAGGUUGUCGACGAAUGUCCGUGAGGUUACAGCAGAAUACAUCAAGAGAGACGGAACUAUUUCGGAUUAUUUCACCACAACGGUUCAAGGGCAUAACCCGGUGAUUCGUAACACAUUGUACGGAAUCAUAGCAAUUGAAGUGAGGCUAUCAUUCGAGAUGAAGAACAGCAGCGAUACAAGUGUCACAGUGAGCAGCGUCCGGGUGGAUGUAUGCAUGGAAACAACGACAACUAGUCCUAUAACUACUGGAUCAACCAUGGAAACAACAACAACUAGUCCUAUAACUACUGGAUCAACCAUGGAAACAACGACAACUAGUCCUAUAACUACUGGAUCAACCAUUGAAACAACGACAACUAGUCAUGUAACUACUGGAACAACCAUGGAAACAACGACAACUAGUCCUAUAACUACUGGAUCAACCAUGGAAACAACGACAACUAGUCCUAUAACUACGGGAUCGACGACAAAAAGGUCACCUUCCACUACAACAUCAACAGUAUCAACAACUAUAGAGUAUCCAUGUCAAAUUGUGGAUGGAAUGUCCGAACCUGAUGUUAUUCCUACGAGAAACGUGGAAAUCAUUCCGUUAACCUCCGAACAGACGCUAAGAAGCAUCUUGAGCUCCAAUGAUUACGCUUUUGCUGUAGAAAGAUUGAGGAAUUCCUCAAACGUCCCGUUCUCUAUUGAUGACUCUGUCUUGGUCAACAUCACGCUCGACUUCCCCGUGACGGUAGGGAGGGUGGACCUGGUGAAAGAUGUAGGUGUCGAAAGGUUCAUGGUCAUAUUCUACCAUAACACGUCGGGAGUAACGAAAACCGAGUUUUAUGACUCAUCUUUCACUGCCAAAUUUCGCGACAUGGACAAUGUCACCGGAAUUGAAGUGUUCGUCGAGAAAAAAUCGAACUUCAUAACAUCAUCUUUCCAGCUGGACAUCCGAAUUUGCUACGUACUAUUAUCUACGACGUUUUCUACCCCGACAUCAACUCCAUAUACAACAACAACACUUCAAACAACAACGAAAAUCUAUGUUUGCGAUAAAUGGUUUCCUGUCAACAACGAAACAUUGCAAUCGCUGAAUGGACACGUAUACGGACUAUUCGACAACAUCUCUUACGCCAUUAGCAACGACCCCCUCGGUCUUCUACAAUCUCCAUGGUGGUGAACGCAAGGAAUUCGUGACAUUCACUCUUCCGUACGAGUAUGAGCUUGUGGGCGUGUCCUUCAAAUCACAGUAUGUGCGUUCAUACGACAUUGAGAUAACGGGAGAUACUAGCGACACUCAGAUUGUCAGGGUAAAGAAUUCCGAAGAAGUGUCAGUUCAGGAGAAGUUUUUCCAUCACUACAAGUACAACACCAGCGAAGUGACGAUACGCAUGCGCGAGUACGAUAUUCCCACGGACUCCAGACAACCGUUCAUUAAAAACCUUGUG